GCCUCUCUCAAAACGCGUCAGUACUGACUCGUUUGCUCUUUACAGAGAUCUUAUGAAGGAGACAUGUUUUGCUCCUAACAAUUUUACUUUCACGAUGUUGACCAAGUCCUGCAUUUUGAGUAUGUGUGUUUACCAAGGUUUACAGUUGCAUGGCCAAAUUUGGAGAUUUGGGUUUUGUGCAGAUAUGUAUUUUUCGACCGGAGUCGUUGAUAUGUACGCCAAAUUCGGGAAGAUGAGAUUUACAAGUAGCAUUUUUGAUGAAAUGCCUCAGCGAACUGAGUUAGAUGUAGUGAGUGAGAUCUUUGAUGAGAUGCCUGAAGCUAAGGACGUUGUGAUAUGCAACACGAUGAUGGAUGGGUUAUGUCAAAUCAGUCUCGGUGAAUGGUGUCACCAUUUUGUGAAGAGGAAAAGGCUCCAUAAGAAAGUGAAAGUGGGUACAGCGAUUCUUGAUAUGUACUCAAAAUGCGGAGAGAUAGAGCAGGAUCUU